AUGUCUGUGAGCGAGAUCUUUGUGGAGCUGCAGGGCUUCCUGGCUGCAGAGCAGUACAUCCAAGAGGAAAUCCGAAAAGUUGUACAGAGUUUAGAGCAAACCGCUCAAGAGAUUUUGACUCUCCUUCAAGGGGUCCAUCAGGGUGCUGGGUUUCAGGACAUUCCAAAGAGGUGCUUGAAAGCUCGAGAACAUUUUGGUACAGUGAAAACACAUCUCACAUCUUUGAAGACAAAGUUCCCUGCUGAACAGUACUACAGAUGUCAUGAGCACUGGAGGUUUGUGUUGCAACGCCUGGUCUUCUUGGCAGCCUUUGUUGUGUAUUUGGAAUCAGAAACACUAGUGAGGCAAGAAGCGGUUACAGAAAUUCUUGGCAUUGAGCCAGACCGGGAGAAAGGAUUCCAUCUAGAUGUUGAAGAUUAUCUCUCAGGAGUUCUAAUUCUAGUUAGUGAACUGUCGAGGUUGUCGGUGAACAGUGUGACUGCUGGAGACUACUCCCGGCCUCUUCACAUCUCAACCUUCAUCAAUGAGCUGGAUUCUGGGUUUCGCCUUCUCAACCUGAAGAAUGAUUCAUAG